AUGGCACCAGGAAAUGGGAAGAUCAGUAAGGAGUCUCUUCCUUGCUCAGGUCACGGACAGUCUAGGCACAUGACCUUAUCGUCAUCGCUGAGGUCCGUGUCCUGCAUCUCGUCAAUAUUGGAUGCGAUCCUUGCAUCGCUGGGAGGGCAAACUGAACGACAUGAAACAGAACUCGACGAGUUGGACGAGCUAGAGGAGCUGGACGUGCUAGAGGAGCUGGACGUGCUAGAGGAGCUAGAGGAGCUGGACGAGCUAGAGGAGCGAGACGAGGAAGACGAGCGCGACGAAGAGGAAGACGAGCGAGACGAAGAUGAUGACGAGCGAGACGAAGAGGAAGACGAGCGAGACGAAGAGGAAGACGAGCGAGACGAAGAGGAAGACGAGCGAGACGAGGAAGACGAGCGAGACGACGAGGAAGACGAGCGAGACGAAGAGGAAGACGAGCGAGACGAAGAGGAAGACGAGCGAGACGAAGAGGANAAGCGUGAACGAGUUUCCGUUUAUAGCGAACUUAGUCGAUAA